CGUCACUUUAGUGUAACAUGCUUGUCACCAUCAUAAUCUAUGGGGAUUUAUUGUUCUGAAUUGGCUCUGCAUGCUAAUAAUAUCUAAGCGAUGUCAUUUUCUUUUCAUCGAGAUAGCUAAGCUACGUGACCAUUUAGGUAGCCGUCAGUCUGCUGGUUAUUUAGACCAACUAACGCCAGUUAAACUGAGCACAGCUAGCCACACAUACAUCGAACAUAUAUUGUCAUUAUUGUAUAAUAAAGCUUAAGUUGUCUUAGGCACUUUAACUAUAUUUCUAGCUAGCUGGCGUGUGCUGCAGACUAGCCAACCCUAACGUUAGCUAAACCGAAACAACAGAUCAUUGCAGUUACAUUACUGGCUACUAGCUAACAUGAAAUACGUUACACGCCGAACGUUAGCUUGCUAAGUUACAGCUCCUUUUUGGAUCCUGCAGAGAUGUACGCUAACGCCAGAUACACUGGAAAGCAGUCAGUCAGGUUGUUGCCAGCUACCAGCGCUAUUUGGAUAUUAGUAUGUCCAAAUAGUCAUAGCACAGCUGGCAUUUAGCGUUAAUGUCACCGUAAAUAUAUCAGCGUUAUUAUUGAUAACGCUGUAACAAUCACAUUAAGCUAACUUCGACCUAACGUCGAUGAUAGAUAGGCUGCGUUAGCAAUCCAGCUGGCAUCGACUGGGCACCUCUUUGUUUUAUGCUGUAGCCAAUGACUGGAAUAGACUGAUACCAACUGCUCACUUCAGACAUGUCAAAGAGACCAUCCUAUGCUCCUCCCCCUCCCCCUGCCCCUACAACUCAAAUGCCCAACACUACCGGUUUUGUGGGGUACAACCCAUACAGCCAUCUGGCCUACAACAACUACAGACUGGGAGGGAGCCAAAGCAGCAACAGUCGGGUAACGAAUUCGUCUGGAAUUAAUAUCCCAAAGCCACCCAAGCCUCCUGACAAGCCACUGAUGCCAUAUAUGAGAUACAGUCGUAAGGUUUGGGAUCAAGUAAAAGCCUCCAAUCCUGAUCUGAAGCUAUGGGAAAUUGGGAAGAUAAUCGGUGGCAUGUGGAGGGACCUCACUGAUGAGGAGAAACAGGAUUAUUUGAAUGACUACGAAGCAGAGAAGAUUGAGUAUAAUGAGAGCAUGAAGGCCUAUCACAACUCGCCAGCCUACCUGGCCUACGUCAAUGCAAAAAGCCGCGCAGAGGCAGCUCUGGAAGAGGAGAGCCGCCAGAGGCAGUCCCGACUGGACAAGGGCGAGCCAUACAUGAGUAUUCAGCCAGCAGAGGAUCCCGAUGAUUAUGACGAUGGGUUUUCCAUAAAACAUUCAGCUGCUGCUCGUUUCCAACGUAACCACCGACUGAUCAGCGAGAUUCUCAGUGAGAGCGUAGUUCCAGAUGUGCGGUCAGUUGUUACCACGGCUCGCAUGCAGGUCCUCAAACGCCAGGUCCAGUCUUUGAUGGUCCACCAGAGAAAGUUGGAGGCAGAGUUGCUUCAGAUUGAAGACCGCCACCAGGACAAGAAAAGAAAAUUCAUUGAAGCCACAGAAUCAUUCACAAAUGAGCUCAAAAGGCUGUGCUGUAUGAAGGUGGAAGUGGACAUGGAGAAGAUAUCUGCAGAGAUCACUGCAGCAGAAGAGGCAGCCCGCAAACGAAUGGCAGAACGCGAGAAGGAUGCAGGAGAGCGAGGUGCUAGAGAGGCCCCCACCUGCGUCUUAGCAGAAGAAGAAAAGCACAUUUGUGCAACACAUGGCAACAAGACCCAGCAAAAUCCUCUGGGUGAAAGUAGCAACAAGGAAGGCGAGGACACGGAAUCCAGCACCACAAAUACACCAGGGAAACCAAAAGCCCCAGAAGAGCUUGAGGCCCACCCAGGCAGUGAGGAAGGAGCAUCAGAGGACAAGGAGAGCGUCCCAGAGGGAGCCAUGGAGGAGGGAACCAGUGACAGCAACACCGGCUCAGAGACCGCCUCUGCUCAGACAGAAGAUGCUCCGACCAGUGAGCUGUCAGAAGGGCCCAGCAGGGCAAGAGCAGCCCACUGAGCCCAGCACCUGACUGACUGUGAACUAUAAGGCUGCCGUUACAUCAGCUGGCCUCCGAUAUCAUACUCUGUUAACAUACAUUGCACAGUAUCAUCUCAGUUUGUCAAAGCAUUUGAAAUGUGUUCACCUGGGCUCAGUGUUUAACAAGUCUGAGGCAAAGAUGACAUUUUAGUUGAAUACACCAAGGCCCACAAACAUGCGCUGAAUAGAAUUAAAAGAAAAAUACAAAACACUUGAAGCCAGCAAAGCAAUGGCCCAAAAAUCAAAUGGCUGCCAGGUGCACAGCAAAGACCCAUGUCUUGGGCCUUGUUGCCAUUUGGAAGAACCCACAGACACCCUCUUCAGCACAUAUUGAUGCAUAGCUCUGGCACUAUGCCUGGCAGGUUGUCACAAAUAAGGCCUGGCUGUAUGAAAACCGUUGUCACAUGAAACAAACAUUGUUCAGUGUUAUAUUGUCUUUUGUAUUGUAAUGUCAUUGUUGCUUUCAUUGUUAUUUUUGCAUGUUGCAAUUUUUCUUUUUAAAUGAGUUGAGAUAUUUGUGAAGGGUGGAGCUGGGUGACUCAUCUCCUUAGCAGGAGAAUAUUUGUUUACUCUCUGUAUCAGUAUCACAGUGACAGUAUUGUCUCAGGAGGUUGUAGUCAUUAGUAGUAGUUACUUUGUUUAUUUAUUAUCAGCAUUUUAUGAUACUUGUGUAUUGGUUGUCCUGGGCCGAGCCCAGUCCGCUCAUGAGUGUAUCACAUGAUCAUCAGUGCUGUACAAUGCUCGACUGCCGGUGUUCUCAAGUUUGCUAGCUAUCAAUCAAAUCAAAAGCAGUACGCUUAGAACAUUUUUGUGUUAUGGUCAAUAUUGCAAUUUUCAUCAGAAAACUUUUAAAUGUACCGUAAUUGUGUACGCAGUGUAACGAGGUUUGCUUAGACAUGGAUUUUUCACGUUGUAAAACAGCUUGAAGAGCAGUCAUAAACAUGCAGUCUUAAAAUGAAUUUCCUUUUGCAUAUUUAUACCAAUAAACUUUUCUACUC